AUGACGGCUGCGGAGCCUCUGCAGACAGCGCCUCACGGCCUUCAGGUCACUGGACACAGCGAUUACGAGACCAAUCUGAGAGCUUUCAUCUGUGUCGAAGGAGCGUUUGGGUGUGCUAGAUGUUUGUUCACCAAAGGAUGGGUUGAGCUCCCCAAAGUGGAGAUACCGAGGACUGAUAGAGCAGGACUUCAGACUUACAGUAUGCUUGAUGAUGCUACUUCAACAAAAUUAGCCAAUUGUCUGCAAUCAAGAAUUAAAGCUGAGUCCACCUCUAAAGUUGAAGGCUGGGGCAAUGACAUGUCUUCUUCUUCUACUUCACCAGACAUGUCUGUGACCAUCUCACUGUUUCUCAAGACUGGGACCAGCAUUCAAGAUCAUCUGCACGGAAUCACAGAAAGGCAUCAACCCUAA